AUGAAAAUUGACUUGGAUUUAAUUAAAAAGAAGAGCGAACAUAACGAGGGACUAAUUGAAGACCUAGAAGAAAUAGCCUUACACCAAUUACAAAUUAAUAAAAUAGAAUUUAUUAACAUCCAUUGUAGAAAUUUAAAAAUAUUAUUGCUGCAGAAUAAUUUAAUUGAGAAAAUUGAAAAUCUAAAUCAGCUAAAAAAACUAGAAUAUUUAAAUCUAGCCAUAAACAACAUUACUCUCGUGGAAAAUUUGGAGGGGUGCGAAUCAUUACGCAAGCUCGACUUAACCCUAAAUUUUAUUGACAUUUCAAAUGUUGAAAUAUCUAUAAGUAAUUUAAAAAAAAAUGAGAACCUUAAGGAGCUUUAUCUCAUGGGAAAUCCAUGCGCAAAAUGGGAAUACCUAAAACUAUUCAUCAUACUUCACCUUGAACAUCUAGAAGUGCUAGAUGGAUCAGAUAUUCUCGUGUCAGACAAAAUAAGGGCCAAACAGAAAGCUACAACCAUUAUGCUUGCAUUAGAAAAUGAAAAAAAAAAUAAAAAAAAAAACGGGUCUGAACAAAAUGAACAUUACGACAACAUCAAUAAUAGGAAAAAAAUCUAUGCAGAGAUAGAAAAGGAAGAAAUGGAAAGAAGAAAAAAUGAGGAGAAUAAAGAUAAUAACAAGAAGGAAAUUUUGUCCUUGUACAACGACGAUGGGGAUAUUCGCCAGUGCAACGAAGGUCACUACAAAUUCAUGUUCGAUGAAUAUUCAAGCAAUAAAUACACCUUUUUGAAACUUUUUCUCCCCAAAUACCUUUGCAAUUCGCUAAUUAAAAUAGAUAUAAAUGUUAACUACAUAAGGUGCAUAAUUAAAAAUAAAUUGUUUCAAUUAAAAUUGAAUGAUUCCAUUUUAACAGACUUAAGUAAAAUUUCCAGAAAAAAAUAUACGGGAGAGUUGCACAUCAAAAUGCGGAAAAAAAAUUAUAAAAAAAAUAAAAUUUUUGAAAAGGAUUAUCUCCAAGAGGGGGAUUCAAAUAAAAAUGGUGAUUUCUCUCCUGACAUCUGUCACUUGCUACCAUCAUCAGGUUCACGGUUUGGUUUGAAUUUAGACACUUCCAUUUCAGAUUCAUCCAAUUCAGACUCGUCCUCUUCAGAUUCGUCCAAUUCAUCCUUUUUUAAAAAGGAAUAUCCAACUUAUCCCUUCAAAAAGAGAAACACACCACAAUCGACACUGACACUGCCAAAUGCGCGAGAUGGAAAUUUCUUUUUGGAAGAGAAGCAAACAAAAUACUCCUCAUCUCUUAUGAAGGGAAUUCCUUUAUUGGAGAAAAUUUCAAAGAGGGGCCCUUAA